ACCACCGAAACUGAAGACAAAGACAACAAGAGAUUGAAAUUAGCAAAUGAAAUUGUCAAUCUUGGGUUCCACGGCGCAUAACAGCGUCACCUACCUUUUAAUAUUGCAAAGUCGUUGCACUUCUUACUUCACUUCAAUUGACUCUCUCUCUCUCCUCCACCAACCCGCCAAUUUUUCUCUCUCUAAAACACAUGACAUCUCCUUAUACUCCUCGCCGGCGAUCCAGCUCCGACCACCGCACCAGGCCAGAAAGAGCGCCCCCCUCCCCCGGUUACGCCUCCUCCGAGUUCAGCACCUCCUCCACCGUCUCCGCCCACCGGAACUCCGUCUCCGCCGUCGCCAAGUCCUUCGCCGGAAUCUUUGCCGGGUGCUUCUCCCCGCCGGAUUCCGACAACUCCAAGAGCCUCGGGGAUUCCGAGGAGUUCAAGUCUUCUUCCACUGUAUCAAAUGCUUCCAGAGCUGGUAGUCAGAGAGGGCAUGGCUCGAAACGAGGUACCAGCAUCAGUUCAUACAACAUAUUACCAGCGAAAGAACCAGGCAGUGUUGAGUUCACCAUGGAGGAAAUCUUCCGAGUCACAAGAAACUUCUCCCCUUCUUUCAAGAUUGGCCAAGGUGGUUUUGGUGCUGUCUAUAGGGCCAAACUCCUGGAUGGGACUGUUGUUGCAGUAAAGCGUGCUAAGAAGAGUGUGUAUGAGAAACAUUUGGGGGUGGAGUUCCAGAGCGAGAUCCAAACACUAUCACGUGUGGAACAUUUGAACUUGGUCAAGUUCUUUGGAUAUUUGGAGCAAGAGGAUGAAAGGAUCAUUGUUGUGGAGUAUGUUCCAAAUGGAACCCUUAGAGAGCAUUUAGAUUGCAUUCAUGGAAGCGUUCUGGACCUUGCUGCACGUUUAGAUAUAGCAAUUGAUGUUUCUCAUGCUAUUACCUAUCUUCAUAUGUAUAUAGAUCAUCCUAUCAUUCACAGAGACAUAAAAUCUUCGAACAUUCUUCUCACUGAAAAUUUUCGAGCUAAGGUAGCAGACUUUGGUUUUGCUAGACAAGCCCCUGACAGUGACUCUGGCAUGACACAUGUUUCCACCCAAGUAAAAGGAACAGCUGGUUACUUGGACCCUGAAUACCUGAAAACUUAUCAACUAACUGAAAAGAGUGACGUGUAUUCAUUUGGAGUUUUGCUUGUUGAACUUGUCACAGGAAGACGCCCCAUUGAACCAAAAUUUGAACUCAGGGAGCGAAUCACGGCAAGAUGGGCUAUGAAGAGGUUCAUUGAGGGAGAUGCUAUCUCAGUCUUGGACCCAAGACUGGACCAGAUUGCUGCAAAUACUUUAGCACUAGAAAAGAUCCUUGAGCUAGCUUUACAGUGCUUGGCUCCACGUAGACAAAGUAGGCCAACUAUGAAGAGAUGUGCUGAGAUCCUUUGGUCCAUCCGCAAGGAUAUCAGAGAGCAGCUAUCCGCUUCAAAUUUCCGCUCAUUUUCCACUUCUUCCCAAAGAAGCACCUCAUUGAAAGAGUGAGAAUGCUAAAGUUGCAACACUAGCAUCAAAGAAUGUUAAGUUAGGACAAGCCAUGGCCUUGGGAGAGAAAAACCAUUCUUCCAAAUAAUGAUAGGCAACUUUGGCACUUGGGAUGGUUAAUUGGUGUUGGACUAGGGUGGCAUAUUGGCAUGUGGAAAUUCAUAUUUUGUGGAAAUUGUACAUGAGAGUUUUGGCUUGUGUGUAGGAAUGGGGAGAGCAUACUUCCCUUAAAGAUGAUGAGUGCCUUCCUUUCCUUAACUGUGCAUUUCUUUUACUUCUUGGAACAACACAAGGAGGAAAACUUUUGUAUUCUAUUGAUUGGAAACUUGAUUGGUGUAUUAUUAUUUGGGUAUGAUAUUCCAUUUUGCGGUUAAAUAUAUCCUCCACUUUUUUUUUC